GAGUCUGUCCUGCUGCCCUGUAACAUGGUUGUUCCUAAGGAUCAUGCGAUUGUGUGGAAACGCGAAGAUCUGUCUUCUCAGAUCGUUCACGCCAUCGUGGAGGGAAAAGAUGACAUUACCAACCAAAACAAGCGUUACUCCAGCCGAACAUCAAUGUCCGCCGACGCCCUGCAGACCGGAGACCUCAUCAAACAAAACGAGCGUUACUCCAACCGAACAUCAAUGUCCGCCGACGCCCUGCAGACCAGAGACCUCAGCCUCACUCUGAGGAAGCCCACGUUCACCGACACUGGGACCUACGCCUGUGUCACCCGCAAACAUGGAGCGGACCAGCAGAGGACUGAAGUCCAGCUGAAGGUCAAAGAACGUCCUGUCUGGCCCAAAGUCCUCCCCGCUGUCCUGGUUCCUGUGCUUCUCCUCGGUGCUGUCGUUGUUGUCCUCCUGUAUCGCGUGAGAGAAAGAGAGAAGCUCAUGACAGUGAGUCAGCUGACACCACUGGAGGUGAUGGAGGGGGCGCCGUCUGUCCUGCUGCCCUACACACACACAUGCUGCCUGGGUGAGGUCGUCAAAGUGGAGUGGUUCUUUGUGACGCAUGAAAACAAGAAGGUGUGCGUGUUUGAGAACGGUCAGAUCAAACGUGACCAACAGCACACAGAUUACAGAGAGCGCGCAGAGAUGGAGUCAUUCCCACCCAAGGAGACGAAGACCGACCAGCUGAAUCGGCCUGAAGUUGACCUCAGCCUGACCCUGAGGAACCCCGUCUGUGCAGAUGGAGGAGUUUACCUCUGCAUCCUCCACGACAGGGCUGUGAACACCAUGAAACUCAAGCUAGUGCCGCUCCUGGUCAAAGAGCCCCUGAUGACGACCGUUAGAGCUGCAGUCGGGAGACGCAACAAGGCGGCCAAGCGCUUGCCUUCAUUUCGUGUGUCUAAAGGAAAGAAGAACGUUGCAGAAUCUCAUCCACUGAACAGUCAGCCAGUCUGAUGUGAUGAAGCUGGAGAUGAUGAAGAGGAGGCUGCCGUCAGCUCGUCCUUCUCCAUGGAUGUGAAACAGGAAGCUCAGUGUAACAGCUGAAGCUGUCUCUCAUGUAUGAACUAACGAUGGAGCGUUGUCCUCUCAGUUUCUUCUUCUUCUGUCUGCUGCAGACUCUGCAUUGAUCACAUUAUCCACCCGCUGUUUUACUUUUACCUGUGUCUGCAUGUUAGUGGAUCAGCAUCAUGCAUGUUCAUACGACCCUCUGUGCUCUUCACACUGAGCAUCAUCAUCAUCCCACUGUCAGAGAGGACCAAUCAGAGCUCAGCUCCUGGCUGUGUCUGCAGACUGACCUCAGAUCACAGAUACAGAUACAACAAAGCGCGACUGUACACUUCUACUCACCUGCAAAAUGACAUGUAAAAAGCUCUAUUCAGCAUGUGGUUUACCCACCUGAGCCCUUCAGCUGGGUUUCACUAAAACCUCUUCCUUCCCAAACGAUUUUUCAAAAUAAAAGACCAAUUACAUAUGCAACAAAACAAACCGCUCAUGUGUAACACUCUGCAGUGUCAUUGUUUUUCAUUUAAACAUAAAACUAAAAACUUUGUCGCUCAGAUUCUGAAUGUGUAUUUUUAUGUGAGCAACCAUUUACUCUCCUGGGGCCACGCCGCACAUAGCGAGACAUCACUGCUGACAAAGCGUCUCAGCCCGCCCUCACAAACUGGACUAUGAUGAAGUGGCACGCUGGAUUUUUAUUGGUGGAUGACACGUCAAUCAAAGGCAGAUGUACCUUUGCUGCACAGCUGAGAAACUCCUACCUAGUUUGCGAUUGGACUUAUUUGAUGAAGCCACGCCUUUUGCCUGAGAAAUGCAAUGAUAACCUCUGGAAAAGACCAGAAAUCAUCAUUUUAAGCAACGAAAUAGCAUUUUUUCCACCGGAAUAACAGCAGAUAAAGAAGCACUGGACUUUACACGAUCUGAAGCUCCUCGUGAAGUGUCUUUACGUUAACAUUAUCAAGGGUAAGUCGAUGAAAAUGGAUGGUCUGAAUUAUGAGGAAAAGAGUUAUGCAUUUUAAUAAUGGUUUAGCAGCAAUGUACAUUAACAGACAUGUAAAAUUAAUUAAUAAUAAUUUAAUUUAGAUUAAUGAAUUUGAAUAUUCUGCACUGUUUAUCAGCACUAAUAAAAUCCAGUUGUUGGAGGCAACUGAA